UCCAGCCGGCGGCUUGUGCACCCGAGCAGCGCCAGCCUUGCCACCGACCUGCGAUGGCUCCCGGAUCAGGAUCCGUGUUCACCGCCGUCCCGCAGGCCCAGCCAGUGGCCGUUUUCCAGCUCACGGCGGAUUUCCGCGCCGACGGGGAUCCUCGCAAGGUCAACCUGGGCGUUGGAGCCUAUCGCACAGAUGAGGGGCAGCCGUGGGUCUUGCCAGUGGUCCGGAAGGUGGAGAUGAUGAUCCCCAAGGACACCAGCUUGAAUCAUGAGUAUCUACCCAUCCUGGGCUUGCCAGAUUUUCGUUCCAAUUCCUCACGAAUUGCCCUAGGAGAGGACAGCCCAGCCAUCAAGGAGAGCAGGGUGGGGGGUGUCCAGUCCUUGGGAGGCACAGGGGCUCUGCGUAUUGGAGCAGAGUUCUUAAGGCGCUGGUACAAUGGAACCAACAACACAGCGACCCCUGUCUACAUCUCUUCUCCUUCCUGGGAAAACCACAACUCUGUCUUCACGGAUGCUGGCUUCAAGGACAUCCGAACCUAUCGCUACUGGGAUGCUGCAAACAGGGGUCUGGACCUAAAGGGAUUUCUGGAGGACUUGGAGAAAGCUCCAGAGUUCUCCAUCUUCAUCCUCCAUGCUUGUGCUCAUAAUCCAACUGGCACAGACCCCACACAGGAGCAGUGGAAACAAAUUUCUGCUGUUAUGAAGCGCCGGUUCCUCUUCCCAUUCUUUGACUCUGCCUACCAAGGUUUUGCCUCAGGUUGCCUGGAUAGAGAUGCCUGGGCGGUCCGCUACUUCGUUUCAGAGGGCUUUGAACUCUUUUGUGCCCAGUCCUUCUCAAAAAACUUUGGCCUCUACAAUGAGCGAGUGGGAAACCUGACCGUGGUGGCGAAGGAUGCAGACAACGUACAGCGUGUCCUAUCCCAGAUGGAGAAGAUUGUCCGCACGACCUGGUCUAACCCGCCAUCGCAGGGGGCUCGUAUUGUGGCUACUACACUGACUACCCCAGAGCUUUUUGCUGAGUGGAAAGGGAAUGUGAAGACGAUGGCCGAUCGGGUCUUGCUGAUGCGGGCGGAGCUCCGGUCUCGGCUUGAAGCCCUGGGCACACCGGGGGCUUGGAACCACAUCACAGAGCAGAUCGGCAUGUUUAGCUUUACAGGCCUGAACCCUAAGCAAGUCCAGUACCUGAUCAAGGAGAAACACAUCUACCUGAUGGCCAGCGGACGCAUCAACAUGUGUGGUUUAACCACAAAGAACCUGGAUUACGUCGCUGGCUCCAUCCAUGAAGCUGUCACUAAGAUCUAGCAGAGACUCUGCAUGCAGGACCUUGCAACUUUCCCCUAAUGUUUUGGGUUGUUUUUAAACCAAGACCAGUCACUGGAAGUGGGAGUUUAAGCAGAGGAAUGGCAGGGGUGGGGGCGCAGAGAGAGGCUGUUAACUUUUUCCCUUCCUGCCACUCUUCUGCCUGAAAUCCCCCCACCCCCAAAUGGGAGUGAGAGUACCUGUCUCUUCCCCUGCAGGUGUAAAAUUAGCUUGGGGGGGGGGGGGUUGCAAGUGGAAAAGUAGCCAGAGGGGAAAAGAUUAAGUAAUCCUCUGCACCCUUUCCCUCCCAUUUUAAAUUUGCAGCCACAACCCAAAUCAUCAGGGGAAAGUCACACACAAGUGUAUAACAUCUAGCUUGGUCUUUGGCAACCAGACGUGAUUCCCUCCAUCCUGUAAUAUGUACUUUCCCUGGCUGAGCUCACCACCAUCAUCUCUGUGACUCAGUGAGGACUGAGAACAGCAAUGCUAUCACCAAAACAUCUCCCUGCCUCUUGAUGGCCUUUGGUUUUGUGCAUGCAGAUCACGGGGCGCAAGCCUGUCUAUAAACUUCUCUUCCUUCUGUGUGCAAGCUGUUGGUUUUGCACACCUUUUAUUAGUAGCAAAUAACUCAAACCCAAGCACACGGGCCACUUCCGGCCGUCUUGUCUGUCUCUCCAUUUGCACUUUAUGUAACCAACCCUCUUUGCCCCAUGCCUGCUACAGGAAAGGGGUGAUGUACUAUGGGAGAACUACCCGAACGGUUGGUCUCCCUGUAGUGACUGAGGCCUGCGUGGGCUAUUUCAGGGAGCAAGGCUGGUGCUGCUUCUCUUCGUUUCCAGCCUUGCAUGAGCAAAGAUUGUAACCUUAAAAGAACUUGUACCUUUUCUGCCAGCGCAACAAAAUAAAACAUCUCUUCAUGCCA